UGUGCUCAGUCAAUGUAAUCCCGUCUCUCCACCGGCCGACAUGGCGACUGCGAGGACGCUCAUAUGCUCCACGACAACCUGCAUCUGAAGCGGCUCCGGGCGGCCAGCAUCACCGUCGCGCUCGGUGCAUUCGUGGACAAACGCACACUUGUACACAGUGGAUUUAUAAUCGGGGCUGAGCGAGGAAGACCAUGGUGGAACAGGGCCAAAUGUCGUUGGCGGGACAGAGGUUAGGGGCCCCAGAGACUCUGGGGAUUAGCACCCUGGAGCCUGGACACAAACCGCCUGCUAUGCCACCUGGACGCCUGGUGCCCAUUAGAGUCCUGCUGCUGGAUGACUCAGAGGAGAUAUUCGACAUAUCGCAUCGAGCAUCGGGGCGGGUUCUGUUCGAAAUGGUCUGCUUGCAUCUGAACCUUAUUGAGGGGGAUUACUUUGGCCUGGAGUUCCAGAGCCAUCACAGAAAGAUGGUUUGGUUGGAUUUACUAAAGCCCAUUAGAAAGCAGAUCACACGGCCCAAGCACACCGUCCUUCGGUUUAUUGUGAAAUUCUUCCCACCUGAUCAUACAGUGCUGUUGGAAGAGCUGACCAGGUACUUGUUUGCGCUGCAGGUAAGGCAGGAUCUGGCCAGCGGACGUCUCACCUGUAGCGACGCCAGCGCUGCUCUGUUGGUGUCUCAUAUCAUCCAGUCUGAGAUUGGUGAUUUUGAGGAAACUCAGUGUAGACAGCAUCUACUUAACACCAACUACAUCCCUGACCAGAUGGCCCUGAUGGACAAAAUCAUGGAGUUCCACCAUAAACACAUUGGACAGUCUCCCGCAGAGUCAGAUUACCGGUUGCUGGAGGUGGCGUGCAGGUUGGAGAUGUACGGUAUCCGACUCCAUCCUGCUAAAGACAGAGAAGGAUCCGAACUCAGCCUGGCUGUAGCACACGGCAGCAUCCUCGUGUUUCAGGGACACAACAGGAUCAACGACUUCAACUGGUCUAAAAUACGCAAGCUGAGUUUCAAGAGAAGGAGGUUCCUUAUCAAACUGAGAGCAGACCCUAGCAAUGUUAAUCAAGAUACUCUGGAGUUUCUUAUGGCGAGUCGGGACUGCUGUAAAAUGUUUUGGAAGAUCUGUGUGGAGUAUCACGCCUUCUUCAGGCUCUUUGAGGAGCCCAGACCCAAACCUAAACCGGUGCUGUUUAGCAGGGGCUCAUCCUUCAGGUUCAGCGGGCGGACACAGAAGCAGGUGAUAGAUUACGUGAAGGAAAAUGAGUUUAAAAAACUGCCCUUUGACAGGAAACAUAGUAGAGUGCAGUAUAGCAGCAGCCUGUCACCUCUGCGUCACCAAGUGCCAAAUCAAGCUGUCAAGCAGAGCUGGGAGGGCUCAUUUUUAGUAAGCUCAGAAGAUUCUGCGGUAGUAAGACCAGGCGGAAACUCCUCCUCAUCAACUCAACGCAACGGAUGCAGCGACCAAACAUACCCCAUUCAAGAGGACAGCAGCAGUCCGGCAGCUAAGCAGCCGCCCGUCGAUCAAGCAGGUCUGGCGUCCCAUGCAGCUAAAGGCAGCAGCUCAUCCAUCCCGUAUAUUGACUGCAGUGAUGCAGAGUUUAGUGAACAGGAAGUCAGAGGUCGGGUCAGCAGGUCACACUCGCACACACGUGAUGGCAACAGCGGCAGCGCUUAUGGCACAGGGUUUGGUUCGCCCCGGGCACAUCAGCAGGACAGAUACUUGGGCAAGUUCAGGCAGAAAGAGUCUCUGCCUCUUUCCCCUGCAAGCCAAGCAGAAAGCCCUGCCCACAGCUAUCCCAGCCCCUCCUCUCCAAAUCAAAGUGGUAACAUUUUUGAGUCGUCAUUUUUUGGAGGCAGGGUAUGUGGGCCGCUUCAUAGCACACUACUGGAAGAGUUGGCCGCAAAAAGCUCCUUAAACCACCACACAGGCACCAGGAGCCUGACCUCUAGCCCCGCCCCCUCCUCAAUUCACAGGACCAGCUCACUAAGCUACGCCCAGUAUAAUGGACACACCGGGCGGAGCUUUAGUUCAAAAGCAGGACGGGAGGAAAGGGGCGGACUAUUUAGUAGCUGCUCCCCAAUUAUGAAUCGUUCAGCAAACAAGUCCCAGAACACUGUUAGCCAAUUAGAAAGAAACAUACGAGUCUCGAAUCAGCCACACCCUCCCGUUCUCCCCCGUGCCGAGAGAAUGGCCAUGUUGGAGCGCCGAAUGCUGGCCAACGGGCUCACGCCUCCCGGCAAGGCUAAUCUCAAGCCAAGCUCCCCGCACCGGCGCUUCGGGGCUGUGCAGAUGAUUGACGGCUCCACCAGUAGUGGAACAGACACUAGCGACUCUGAAGAGGCGGAGUCUACUGGCUCCUGCAGCCAUUCGCUAGGGCUUGAAAACCAAGCCACCCAUAGUUCGUCCCCCCUCCCCAGAAACAAGUACUCGUUCGGAAGCUUGCAGCUAGAUGAGCUUGACAAUGAAGGAGGGUGUGUGAACCUCAGUGAUGAGGAAGGGAUGCAAGUGUUUAACUGCUAUUCUGAUGCUGCAAUAAUCUGGAAUACUUCAGAAAUUCAGAGUGAUGUUGUCACUCCCCAGAGUAACUUUGAGACCUCUGCAUUUGGAAAAAUGCGAGGAGUCAUAACAGUAGAUGUGAACGUGAUUUUGCCAAAGGUGACGUGUGCUUUGGUAACAUUAGUUAACGGUCACGCUGAUGACUGUAGAGGAGCGACGCCAUCUCCUCUCAUCUCCCCCAUGCUGAAUGACACUGGUGCCAUACGCACUGAUGAGGAGGAGGACAACAGGAGGAAGAACUGUCCCGCUGAUAACGCGUACUGCAUAGCUAAAGAGUUGCUGAACACUGAGAGGACGUACCUGAAGGACCUGGAGCUGAUCACAGUGUUGUUUCAGGGAGUGUUGGAUAAAGAGGAUUGUGUUCCUGACGCUCUGAAGACACUGUUGAGUUCCACCUAUGAGCCGCUACAUUCCCACCACACACACUUCCUCCAGGAGCUCGAGGAGAGACUAUCACUGUGGGAAGGCCGGUGCAAUAUGCAGGUUAAAGGAGAAAUCCAGCGUAUAGGAGACUUGCUGCUGAAGACCGUACAUGAGCUGAAGGCUCUCUCAGCUCAGCUGCAGACGAGCUCAGAGUCUGCAUUGGACGAUGUGUGUGAAUUGGAGGCUGCGCUUCGUCCUGGUCUGGAAGAGAUUGAGAACUAUCAGAAACUCCUGGAGCUUCAGAAGGAUUUGAUUGGUGUUGAGCAUCUGGCCGUGGCUGGACGUCAGCUCAUCAGACUGGGCUGCCUCAGCAAACUCUCUGGGAAAGGCCUUCAACAGCGCAUGUUCUUCCUGUUUAAUGGCGUUCUGUUGUACUGCACCCGAGGGAUAACAUCAGCCAAUCAGUUUACAGUGCACAGACAACUUCCUCUGCACGGCAUGACAAUCCGGGAGAGUGAGGACGAGUGGGGCGUCCCGCACUCCUUCACACUGAUGGUGCAGCAGCAGUCACUGGUGGUCGCCGCAUGUUCAGAGUCAGAAAUGGAGAAAUGGAUGGAGGAUUUAAAGAUGGCGGUUGACAUGGCUGAAGAGUCUAAUGGACCGACUGCUGACCUGCUGACUGCUAGCAAGGAUGUCAAAUUCUCAGGGGCGUCUGAAGUGGAGUCAGAGGACGAUCUUUGUGGCUCUCGAACAUCUUUGCAACGCAACGGCAACGAUUCCGCAAACACUCUUCACCGCGGCAACACCACAGCACAUGUGUGCUGGCAUCGCAACACCAGUGUUUCCAAGCUGGACUUCAGCAUCGCCAUAGAGAACCAGCUCUCAGGAAAUCUGCUCCGAAAGUUUAAAAACAGUAACGGCUGGCAGAAACUCUGGGUGGUUUUCACCAAUUUCACCCUGUUCUUCUACAAAACACAUGAGGAUGAGUAUCCGUUGGCCAGUCUGCCGUUGUUGGGUUACUCAGUAACACAUGCCGGCGAGUCAGAAAACAUCCAUAGAGAUCACGUCUUCAAACUGCAUUUCAAAUCUCACAUCUACUACUUCAGAACAGAGAGUGAAUACUUUUUCGAAAGAUGGAUGACGGUGAUCAGAAGUGCUACAGUCUCUGCCAGCAGAACCCGCUAUCUGAACCGGACAGAACUGGACUGAACCACGUAGAACCUGCCAUGUGAACCGGACCAAACCAGGCUGAACCCCACAGAAACUGCCAUCGGACCUGGACAGAAAAAAAACAAACAACAAACUAACAGACCAGUGCAGGCAUAUAGGGAGCAACCAUCUCAGUAUAUAUGUGUGUGUGUGUGUGUGU